GAAAAUUAAAUUAUUAAUGGCGACUUCCAUUACCUUGUGAAAGCGCACAUUAUAUUUUCUAAAAUGUUUUAUCACGUUUCUCUUGAGCAUGAAAUUCUUCUCCAUCCUAGAUAUUUUGGACCCAAUCUCUUAAAUACAGUGAAACAAAAAUUAUUUACAGAAGUAGAAGGAACAUGUACAGGAAAGUAUGGUUUUGUUAUUGCUGUGACAACCAUUGAUAAUAUUGGUGCUGGUCUAAUUCAGCCUAGUCGAGGUUUUGUACUAUAUCCAGUAAGAUAUAAAGCCAUUGUAUUCCGACCUUUCAAAGGUGAAGUAUUAGAUGCAGUUGUUACCCAAGUAAACAAGGUUGGCCUAUUUACAGAAGUUGGACCAUUAUCUUGCUUUAUUUCUCGACACUCUAUUCCAGCUGAUAUGGAAUUUGAUCCAAACUCAAAUCCACCAUGUUACAAAACAAAAGAUGAAGAUAUUGUGGUACAACAAGAUGAUGAAAUAAGAAUCAAAAUAGUAGGAACUAGAGUUGAUGCCAAGGAUAUAUUUGCUAUUGGUACAUUAAUGGAUGAUUAUCUAGGUUUGGUUAGCUAAGAUCUGUUAUUCCUGUAUCAUUACUUAUCAUCACUACCAUUAUGUAAAUAAAACAUCUGUAUUAUAAAACAAUAAAAUAACUGUAUAUACAAGAA